ACACUGAAUUUGUAACAGAGCCUUUCAAUGUGGAACUUCCAGGAACAUUCAUUUUUAAGACCUCCAAAUGAGGUAGGUUCCUCGUAAUGAGGUACACUGGAAAGAUAUGGUUAUUAUUACCUGUUAAAAAUACACAGGAUUCCAAUACAUGCAGAGCAAAAUAACAAUUUCCCGCGACCCUGUGUGUGUCGGGGGUAUUUCCUCUAAACGACAAGAACCUCCUUUAAACGGAUUACCACUGCUGACUUUUCGUUAACCACGGCGCCACGUGACGACCUCCCUGACACACAGGGAGUUUGUAAACAGCUCGCGCAGAGAGCAGCAGAGUAAUAGACAGGUCGCCGGUGGAAGUAUGGAGGAGUGUAACGAGAGCUUGGUGUUUUAUCUUUACACUUUCCUGGGGGUAGGAGGCGUACUGUACCUUCUAAAGCAGACCACCACGUUGACCCCCUAUGGUCGUUAUGUCAGUAGUCUGCCCGGCACUGGAUAUAUUAUGUUGCCAGCAAAGCUAGGCUGGUUCCUUCAGGAGUUGCCAGCGUUUCUUGUCCCUGCCCUAAUGGUUGGGGCAUCUGGAGGAAUUGUCACGUUAAAUUCCAAGCUACCAUUACUGCUUUUCUGCGGACACUAUUUUCAAAGGACAUUUAUUUAUUCCUUGUUAACACGAGGACGCCCUGUUCCACUUUUUAUUGUUAUUUCAUCUGUUAUAUUCUGCUCUUUCAAUGGUUUUCUUCAAGGUUACCACUUAGUCUUCUGUACUACUUAUCCAGAGUCUUGGCUGAAAGACAUUCGCUUCAUCUUGGGUUUGAUGAUAUUUUUACUGGGCAUGACAAUCAACAUUCACAGUGAUUAUGUCUUGCGCAACUUAAGGAAGCCUGGAGAGACUGAAUACAGAAUUCCAAGAGGGGGAAUGUUUGAAUAUGUCUCUGGAGCAAAUUUCUUUGGUGAAAUAGUUGAAUGGUUCGGUUAUGCUAUAGCUGCUUGGACAGUUUCAGCUUUUGCAUUUGCUUUCUUCACAGUUUGUUCCAUUGGACCCCGUGCAUACCAUCAUCACAGAUACUACGUUAAGAAGUUUGAAGAUUACCCAAAGUCAAGAAAAGCUGUCAUUCCAUUUAUCUUUUAGAGACAUUGGAAUGUAUUUUAAUGAGCUGCAUGGCAACUGUGCCAAAUGUUUUUUUUACUUACAAUAUUUAAAUGUACUUUUGUCUGUGAUACCUUCUGAGAAAGUAUUCUAAAUAGCUAACAAACUGAGCUGCAACUGCAACAAGAUUAAGCACUGAGGGGUAUUCAGAAAAGUGUAUCAUAUAUGUGAAAUGCUAAUUAACAUGAUUUUUUUUCCCUUUUGAUGUUAUGUUGUCCUAUCUCACCUUCAUUAUUGCUGGUUGGAUUUGGAGCCGAACCUCAGCUCCGACUCAUCCGCAUACCAAAGCUCGAGGGUACAACCUGUCCCAUGCUUAGCGGCUGUUCCCCAGAUCUUGUUUGCUGCUUGAAGCAUCGGGAUUGUCUUCGCUGGCUCCGGCUAGUAAUUUAUUUUAUUAUAUACCUUUUGCUAUAUUUUUUCUAAAAAUCUUCAUAUUAGACUCUAUUAUACCUUCCCAAUCCAAAUAGAGUGCUCGUGUGUGUGUGUGUGUGUGUGUGUGUGUGUGUGUGUGUGUGUGUGUGUGUGUGUGUGUGUGUGUGUUGUUGUUACUUGGGUGUGUCUUCAGUUGUUCUCCUUGGUCUCUUACAUUUUCUAAACAAAACUAGAAAACGCUGUACA